AUGGAUUCGGCAGAGAAGACGGAGGCCCAGCAAAAGGAGCUGACGGGCGCCGUCCCUACCACCAUGGAUCCCGAACGUCGCAUCCAAGUUGAGAAGAGUAUGAAGCGCAAGCUAGACGCGCGCUGCAGUCUGUUUAUUUUGAUUUAUAUCUUGAACUACCUGGAUCGGAACAAUAUCGCGGCGGCCCGCCUCAAGGGCCUCCAGGACGACUUGAACCUCUCCUAUAACGAAUACGCCACCUGCCUCAGCAUUCUCUACGUCGGCUAUAUCCUCAUGCAGGUUCCCUCCAACAUGAUCAUCAACCUCGUCUCGCGGCCGUCCAUUUACAUUGGGUUCGCUAUGUUGCUAUGGGGGUUGAUUUCCACCCUUUCGGGCGUGGUGACCAACUUUGCUGGCAUGAUCGCCAUCCGCUUCUUCCUCGGCUUCGUCGAAGCCGCCUUCCUCCCCGGCGCCCUGCUCAUCUUGUCCAAGUGGUACACCCGCCGCGAGUUGACUACGAGGAAUGCCCUGUUGUUUUGUGGCAACCUCAUCUCCAACGCAUUUUCCGCUCUGGUGGGAGCUGGUGUGUUGUCCAACAUGCAGGGCAUCUUGGGCCACGCUGCCUGGAGGUGGUUGUUCUACAUUGAGGGUGCUGCUACUAUGCUCGUUGCCAUCCUCGCUGCGUUCAUCCUACCCGACCUGCCCCACAACACGCGCGGAUUCACCGAGGAAGAGCGUUAUGUCGCCCAGCUGCGCAUGACCGAAGACGUCGGUGUGGCCGAUACCGAUGAACCCGGCCAAAACGCCUUCACCGGCCUGAUCAUGGCUCUCAAGGACCCCAAGGUGUACCUGAUGAUGAUCACACUGACUGCUUACGUCGUUGGCCUUUCCUUCAACGCCUUCUUCCCCACGCUCACCGGCACCCUCGGCUUCGACUACGUCCCUACGCUUCUCAUGAGUGCACCGCCAUGGGCCUUCUCUUGCUUGGUCUCGUUGGUUAAUGCCUGGCACUCGGACCGCACCCAGGAUAAGUUCUGGCACAUCGUUGGCCCCAUAGUCCUCGGCCUCAUCGGGUUUAUCAUCAGCAUGUCGACCAGCAAUAUCGCUGCCCGUUACGUGGCCCUCUUCCUCCAAGCGAGCAGCUACGCCGGAUUCAUCGUCUUUUACUCCUGGAUCUCUUCCUCCUUCCCCCGCCCGCCCGCAAAGCGCGCCGUCGCCAUCGCCAUGAUCAACGCAUUCAGCCAGCUGGGCAACGUGGCGGGAUCCUACGUCUGGGACCUCGAGGACAACGGCUUCCGCAACAGUUACGGCAUCGUCACGGCCAUGUUUGGUGUCACUAUUGUGGGCUGUCUAAUGUUCAAGCUGGUGUUGGUACGCAUGAACAAGGAGCUGGAGCAGGAGGAGGAGAGGACCGGUGGAGCCGCGCAGCCGACGGCGGGCAGCGAGAGGGACCCGGAGAAGAUGAACAAGGGUUUCAGGUACUUGGUGUAG